AUGGAAGCCUUCACCUUUGCCGUGACCACUCAAGUGGACAUUCCUAUACGCAUUAAGAUUGGCUCGUUGGAGGGGAAACAGAAGCCGAUCCCAUAUACAGUUAUUCAUGAGAAUGCCGAGCUGCGACAUAUUGCCUCCGUCCAAGACCCCACGUCUGAUCUUUACGUGACCGCUCAGAUAUGGUCGGAGUCGAAGCCACUAGGCGUGCCAAUGAAGACCAAAUACAAGGCCUUCAAGACCGCUCGAGUAUGGAACGAAUGGCUAGAGAUGCCCAUGUCCAUCAAGGAUACCGAACGUAAUGCUCAGCUGGCAAUCACCAUCGUUGAUAUGUCUCCACUAGCUGCUGAUAGGAUUACGCACAUUCCAUUCGGUGGAACUACAAUCACCUUGUUUGACGAAGACGGGAAAUUGAGGAUGGGCAGACAAAAGUGCAAAGUUUAUUUACACAAGGACGCGGAUGGUUCGGCUACAACCAGUACUCCAUCUAUUCCACCACCUAGGCGUCGUAAACCGAAUACCCGCGAUCCUUCACAGCAGUCACCCGAAGAGGCGGAACUGGAACGGCUUGAACUCUUGAUAAAGAAGCACGAAAUGGGCGAGAUACCACGUGUUGAUUGGAUGGAUCAAUUGCUUUUUCGUGAGCUGGAGAAACUGAAGUUAAACGCAGACGAAGCGGCCCAAAGGCGUGCCCUCGAACUUGACGCAGCCCUGCAAAAGCGUCCGAAAGACGAAGAUCAGGAUGAUAGUUCUGAUGAAGAGAGCCUCGAAGAUGAGUAUUUCGACCUUUACGUUGAAUUUCCUCGGUUUGAUCAUCCCGUUGUGUGGGCCGAUCACGAGUAUCCUCCUCCGCCCAUUUCCUCUUGGCCCCAAAAUGCACCUCCCCACCCCAAUGCGACGCUCAAGCCAGUUCCGGAGGUACAUUUUGGACCUGGGAUUUCACAUGCCGAUCCCCAUAAUAUCAUCCAAAUUUACGACCCGGAGGUUGGCCAAAUCGGAAACCCGUGUGAGGACAAGCAUCGGCGUUUAAUCCGAAGCCAUCGGACCGGCAUCAUGGAUCGUGAUCUGAAGCCCAACCCAAAGAUCAGGGAUGAUCUCAAUAUGAUUAUCUCCUACGAACCGACGCAAGACCUCACUGCCGAAGAGAAGGAUCUCGUGUGGCGUUUCAGGUAUCAUCUCACACGUGAGAAGAAGGCAUUGACAAAAUUUGUCAAAUCAGUCAACUGGCGGGACGUCGGAGAAUCGCGGCAAGCGGUUGAAAUGUUCCCUAAAUGGACAGAAAUUGAUGUCGAUGAUGCUCUGGAGAUUCUAGGUCCUACGUUUGAUAAUCCUGCUGUCCGUUCUUAUGCCGUGGAAACACUGCGGAAGGCAGACGACGAGGAGUUGCUCCUAUAUCUUCUUCAAUUGGUGCAGGCUCUGAAAUAUGAUGCAACCCCGGAUAACGAACCUGAUGCGGCUCCGCAGGAAUCCUCGCUUGCACAUUUUUUGAUCUCGCGUGCGGCUAAUAACUUCAAACUUGGCAACUACCUACACUGGUAUCUCAUGGUCGAAUUUGAUGACGCUGACGCAAUUCAGCGUCGGCUGUUUGCGCGAGUCGAAUACUACUUCAUGAUUGAACUCGAGAAACUUCAUCCUGAGCAUAGAAAAACACUAUUGCAUCAAGGUGAAAUGGUGGCUGUGUUGUCCAAAAUAGCCAAGGAUGUACGCUUCGCGCGUGAAAACAGAGUCGGCAAGAUUGAGAUGCUGAAAAAAUAUCUCCGCGAUCCUGAUAACGACCUGAUCAACAUAGAUCCACCGCUGCCCUUACCUUUGAAUCCUGAUGUUUCAGUCAUUGGUUUAUAUCCGGAGGAGUCGAACGUGUUCAAGUCCACUCUUUCCCCUUUGCUUAUCACAUUCAAGACUUCUGAAGGCCGUCGCUAUCCGAUGCUGUUCAAAGUCGGUGAUGAUCUUCGCCAGGACCAGUUGGUUAUCCAGAUCAUCAUAUUGAUGGAUCGCCUUUUGCAGAAGGAGAAUCUUGAUCUAAAACUGACCCCUUAUCGAAUUCUUGCCACCAGUGCAACCGCUGGCGCGGUGCAGUUCAUUCCCUCAAUUUCUCUCUCCGCAGCUUCUGCCAAGUACAAAUCCAUCCUCGCCUAUCUACAAGCCAAUAACCCAGAUGACACUGAGCCGCUCGGUGUCCGCAAAGAAACAAUGGAUACAUACAUCAAAUCAUGUGCCGGAUACUGCGUCAUCACGUACCUCCUCGGUGUUGGCGAUCGACAUCUUGAAAAUCUGCUUCUAGCGCCAGAUGGUCACUUCUUCCACGCCGACUUUGGCUUCAUCCUCGGUCGUGAUCCAAAACCAUUUGCACCGAUGAUGAAACUUUGUAAGGAAAUGGUUGAAGGCAUGGGCGGUACAACUUCGCCCCAUUAUCUGCAAUUCAAGCAGUACUGCUACACUGCCUACACCACACUUCGCAAAUCCGCCAAUCUAAUUCUUAACCUCUUCAGCUUGAUGGUGGAUGCCAAUAUCCCUGAUAUUCGAGUGGAGCCUGACAAAGCCGUCUUGAAAGUGAAGGAGCGCUUCCAUCUUGAAAUGACCGAGGAAGAAGCCAUCCGUCACUUUGAGCAACUUAUCGCAGACAGUGUCAACGCUAUCUUCGGAGUUGUGAUUGAUCGCUUGCACGAUUUUGUGCAGGGCUGGCGGGCAUAA